GCGGGUCUAAUGUUUCCGCGCUCUUCUUUGCUGGCUUCUUUUUCAAUCAGGUCCGGUCUGCGUGUAUGUAUUAGAGCCUCAGCCCUCGUUUCAAGUAUUGUAUUAUUUUCAUAAUACGGAUCUACAGCAUGUCUGGAAGAGGCAAAGGUGGUAAAGGACUCGGCAAAGGAGGCGCCAAGCGGCAUCGCAAAGUGCUCCGUGAUAACAUCCAGGGCAUCACCAAGCCUGCUAUCCGCCGCCUGGCUCGCCGCGGAGGAGUGAAGCGAAUUUCCGGGCUGAUCUAUGAAGAGACCCGCGGGGUGCUGAAGGUUUUCCUGGAGAAUGUGAUCCGGGAUGCCGUCACCUACACUGAGCACGCCAAGAGAAAGACCGUCACCGCUAUGGAUGUGGUGUACGCUCUGAAGCGCCAGGCUCAACAAGCUGAUGGGAGGCGUCACCAUCGCUCAGGGCGGAGUGCUAGUUUGAAAAUGGCAAGAACUAAGCAGACUGCGCGUAAGUCCACCGGUGGAAAGGCGCCCAGGAAACAGCUUGCCACCAAGGCUGCUCGAAAGAGCGCCCCCGCUACCGGCGGCGUGAAGAAACCCCACCGUUACCGACCUGGCACUGUGGCUCUGAGGGAAAUCCGCCGCUAUCAGAAAUCCACCGAGUUGUUGAUCCGCAAACUGCCCUUCCAGCGGCUCGUCCGAGAAAUCGCUCAGGAUUUCAAGACCGACCUGCGCUUCCAGAGCUCCGCUGUGAUGGCGCUGCAGGAGGCUAGCGAGGCUUACCUGGUCGGGCUCUUUGAGGACACCAACCUGUGUGCCAUUCACGCCAAGAGAGUCACCAUCAUGCCCAAAGACAUCCAGCUGGCCCGCCGAAUCCGAGGGGAACGCCCGCCGGCCUGCAGGAUCUUCUUGAGCGCCGCCACAGACAGCCCGCUGCGCUCCUUGGAGGCAGACACGACGAUGAGCUCCGACACGCUGGGACCCGAUUUCUUGGGCUUUGCCGCAAGCCUCAGCCCUCGUUUCAAGUAUUGUAUUAUUUUCAUAAUACGGAUCUACAGCAUGUCUGGAAGAGGCAAAGGUGGUAAAGGACUCGGCAAAGGAGGCGCUAAGCGGCAUCGCAAAGUGCUCCGUGAUAACAUCCAGGGCAUCACCAAGCCCGCUAUCCGCCGCCUGGCUCGCCGCGGAGGAGUGAAGCGAAUUUCCGGGCUGAUCUAUGAAGAGACCCGCGGGGUGCUGAAGGUUUUCCUGGAGAAUGUGAUCCGGGAUGCCGUCACCUACACUGAGCACGCCAAGAGAAAGACCGUCACCGCUAUGGAUGUGGUGUACGCUCUGAAGCGCCAGGGUCGCACUCUGUACGGAUUCGGGGGUUAAAGAUUUGGACACAAGGACACGAACACAAAGGCUCUUUUAAGAGCCGCC